UCCCAGAAGUAACACCCUUCAGUGGGAUGUAUUGUGAAUCAUUUCUGAAUAAUGUCAAGUGGUGGUAUGUGGCUACUUUGAGCCAGAUGAUCUCGAUCUAUUAUUUUUUAACCAUGGAAACUGUUUCAGAAGUUUUUAUUUAUUUAAAAAUAUUUUUGUUGUUGGUAGUUCUUAACAUAUUUACUAAUUUUGCUAAGAAAUUGAUUCAGAGAUAAACAUUUACUUUACAUUUGCCGUAUUAGUGCUGCGAUUAGCACAUAUAUAAAACACUUAGAUGUCUACAGGUUUGUCACAGCAGUUGAGAAUAGGAUGCAAGUGUUUAAGAGACCAUAAUUGUGUUUUAAAUUGAAUAUUUAUUUGCACUGAUGAUUUUAAUAGUCCCAUAAUGGGUAUUAUCAGCGAGCACAAGGCAGUAUAGUCAAUAUUGUGUCUCUGGAUUGAUCCUUUAAAAAAUUUUCAUCACUAAUCUCCACUGCUUUUCCGAAAUUGGUAAGUAGUUUUGAUUUACCUAAAAAGUUAAAUUUUUAGUUCUCAACACAAAAAAAAACAUGAUACACUGCUACUCUGCAAAAUUUUCAGAGUCUCCUUUAGCUCUGAGUGUCAGUUAAUAGAGCUCUGGUUAUUUUACAGAAAUGCUCAUAGGAUUGGACAGGAGCUUGAAGGCUAACAGCAAGGAACUGUGCACUCUGGGAACUCAGAUCUUCCCAAACUCCAUAUUGGUGGUAAAGAAUUGACCAGGAAAAAUAAAGAAAUCUGUUAACAGGCCAUGGAUGCACGAGUGGUGAAGGAUAUGACAACAGGGAAAUCAAAGGGGUAUGGAUUUGUGUCCUUCUAUAACAAACUGGAUGCUGAGAAUGCCAUAGUACACAUGGGGGGUCAGUGGCUUGGUGGACGGCAAAUCCGGACUAACUGGGCAACUCGGAAACCUCCAGCCCCCAAGAGUGUGCAAGACAACAGCUCCAAGCAGCUGAGAUUUGAUGAGGUGGUGAACCAGUCGAGUCCUCAGAACUGCACUGUGUACUGCGGUGGCAUUCAGUCAGGUCUCACAGAACACCUUAUGCGACAGACGUUUUCUCCUUUCGGGCAGAUAAUGGAGAUCAGAGUUUUUCCAGAGAAGGGUUAUUCUUUUAUCAGGUUCUCCUCUCAUGAAAGUGCUGCUCAUGCCAUCGUCUCAGUGAAUGGUACCACCAUCGAAGGUCAUGUUGUGAAGUGCUACUGGGGCAAAGAGUCACCUGACAUGGCCAAAAAUGUCCAGCCGAUGGAGUAUGGUCAGUGGGGACACUGGAAUCAAAUGUACGGCAAUCCUCAGCAAUACGGUCAGUACAUGACGAACGGCUGGCAAGUGCCGUCCUAUGGAAUGUACGGGCAAACAUGGAAUCAGCAAGGAUUUGGUGUAGAACAAUCACAGUCCCCGGCCUGGGUGGGAGGUUUUGGGACGCAACCCUCUCAGGCUCAGCCUGGUCCAGUGAUGAACCAGGCUAACUUUGGCAUGGCUGGAUACCAGACACAGUGAUCUGACCUUGGUUCUUCAUAACACACGGGUCUCACUUCUUUAGAUCCUGCUCUCAUAGGGAGGGUUGCUAAAGACUAAUAGGUGCACAUCAUCUUUUUCCCUACAAGCUUUGGAUCUGAAGCAGGAAUUGCUUUAUUGUAAAGAUUCAAAUUUAGAUUAAAGAGGCAAUUGAGAUGAGCGCCUUCAAUGGAAAUCUGAAUUCAUUCACAAGAUUUGUUCCUGUUUUAGUGGAAUUGCAGAAGAUGUAUUGUAUCUCUUGCCCCCACCCUUUUUUACUGUAUAUCUUGAGGAAAACUGCUGAUUUUCCCUUAAAUCCCAGCUUCAGGAACUUCACAGGUACAUUGCAGAAAGCCCGUGGUGUAAAUGGUUUUUUGAACUAAGUAUUUCCUUUUUGUUUUUUUGUUUUUCUCUCUUCUUAAAUAGAUGAUCAUGCAUUUGCUUGUUCAUUACAGUAUGGACUUUGAAUUUUGUACAAAAACACAACAAACAGCAACAAAAAAACCUUUCAUUCUGCAUUCUGACUUGGCAAACAAAUGUAAGUAAAGGCACUUUUUGGGGGUUCUUUGGACCUGUGUCUUGUAAAUGUUGAGGUGUAAAUGAAUUUCUAUGUGCAGUGGUGUAUAUUUAAUCCACAUUAGCUCCCCGUUCUCCUCCAAUUCUAGAGCUCUUUGAUACUGUGUGUAUAAUGUAUCUUUUUACUCCAAUUUACAGACAGUGAAAUCUCUCCCGCUCACUAUGGAGAAAGGGUCAUAAUGGCCAUACCUGUAAAUAUCUUUUGAUAUCUUGGCCUGGAAUAAGGGUUUCAAAGCAUGCACUCUACUUGACGGAAAACUAACGCAGAGUAUGUUAGACAAACGUUACAUAUGUGACUGACCUUUACAAGCAAGCCUUAAUAUUUGCUCAGUCACAUUUUUCAGUUGAACCCUUUGACACCCUCAUUGAGAGCUGUUUGAUUUAUCUUAGAGCCUACUGUAAAUUUGUCCCUUUGCUGUUUUAACAAAUAUGCGUGCCAUUUGAGUAGCCAGAAAAAUGGGUUGGAUAUUUUUUUUUUUUUCUGGGGAUAAGGAAUUGCAUGUUUCAAACCAUAAUAUUGAGGUUCCUCAAAGCAUUGAAUGUAAAAGGCAGAGAAGUUUGAAUACAAUUUAGCAUUUUGAGUUUUCUUUUUAGUCUAAAUGAGUCUCAAUAAAUGAACCAUUGGACAAGAAA